CGCGAGAAUAUUUAAUGGUGGACAGCUGGAAGAAAAUUUCGGAAAAAUAUAAUGUCUGUAUCCUCUGAAGACAACUCACCUCUGGGAAAUGCGGCCGAUGAAGAUGUUGAGACCCGCGAACUUGUCAUCCUUGAUCCUAAUGCAUUUGAUGUUGAUGUCACACAUUCAAAGAUCGGGAAGAUUGAACAUUUGGAGCAGCUCACAAGAUGCGAGACAUUAUGCUUCCGAACCAACUUGAUUAAGAAGAUUGAGGGCCUGAGUACCCUAACUUCAUUGACAGAGCUAGAUUUUUAUGACAAUUUACUCGAAAAGAUUGAAAACUUGGAAGCUUUGACGAAUCUGGAGAACCUCGACUUUUCGUACAACCGGUUGAAAAAGAUAGAGAAUCUUGAAAACCAGACACAGAUCAUCAACCUCUAUCUCAUACACAAUAAGAUUGCGAAGAUCGAGAAUAUCAGUCACAUGACAGAGAUGAAGAUGCUGGAGCUGGGGGAUAACAGACUGCGGGUCAUAGAGAACAUUGACACGAUGGUGAAGUUACUGAAACUCUACCUCGGCAAGAACAAGAUCACAAAGAUUCAGGGCCUCGAUACGUUUACUUAUCUUACAUGUUUAAGUUUACAAAGUAAUCGUAUAGUGAAGAUGGAAGGUCUAGACAGUUUAGUGAAUUUACAAGAACUGUACCUCAGUGAUAACGGCAUUGAGAAAAUAGAGGGAUUGGACAAAAAUAUAUGUUUAUCAACCCUCGACUUAGCCAGCAACAAAAUCAAGAAGAUUGAAAAUGUUUCACAUCUGGUGGAGAUGGAAGAAUUUUGGUUCAAUGAUAACCAGAUCAGCAACUGGGAAGAUCUUGAUGAACUGAAGACGAUGAAGCAGCUCGAAACAGUAUAUUUUGAAAGGAAUCCCAUCUAUUACGACUCUCAUCAACAACAAUGGAAGGCCGACCCCAACUAUCGGCGGAAGAUUAUGUUAGCGUUACCGUGGGUCAAGCAAAUUGAUGCAACCAUGACUAAACUGUCCUAGUGCAUUCAAGCAGUAACUCAAUCUAAUUCCUGUUUCUCAAAUGAUUUUCCAGCAAUCAGUAAAAGUUAUCCAGUAAAGUUCCCAGGGUAGGCUUGGUUAGAAUUGUAAACCACUCUGUCUGUGCACUACAUUUAUGUGAACAUGUAAAUGUCCUUGGGGUAGGUAGACAUGAGGAUGAAAUCAGAAAUCUGCCAAAUAUUAUUGUUUGUAAUGUGCUAUAUUGUAAGUAGAAUGAAGAACAAACAUAAAUGUAUAUGUACUUCUAAAUAAAUUCAUGAGAUACGUAAGCUGCGGUCUUAUGUCAGUGGGAGUUUGUCAUGGUGCCAGGAAAUUCAGCAAAUUUUCUCCUGUCAAUAAUUCAACUCGUGUUUGUUCAAGAGCCUGUGCAAUGAUGUCUCUUGCGAAUCAGUUUUGGAUGUCAAUCUGUGUCCUUCACCCGAUAGAGUGUCAGGUGCCACAUACAGCUGACGGCUUGGUUGAUGUCAACUCACUUUACACCCCGGUUGGCAUUUUUGGCCAGGCCCUUGGGCCUCUUGUGUUAUAUAACAGAGCUAUUGUACAAACCUGAUGUACAUCUAUAUCUGUCCACUUUAAUGUAAGUAUAUUUUAUUGUUCAAGCAAAUGACGGUUUACGUUUUUGCAUUGUAGGAAAUUUAAUGACAAAUAAAUCACUUCGUAGAAAUAUGAAAAUGUACCAAUUUAUCGUCA